GUGUCGAUGCAAUGUUAGUCUUAGUUAAACUACUGAGAAGCACACGACAGCGCAUUUUAUAAAAUAAAAAAAUUUAGAAAUUCAGUAAGUUUCUCAUUCCAUUGGUUUACAAAUUAUGAAUAAGUUAACCGGGAUCAUGGAGACUAAAGAACAUGAUAAAAAAAGCAUGGAUGACCUCACUCACGAAGCUUCUUUUGAGCCAUCAACGCAUAGUAUUGUUGUUGUUUAUGUGAUAAGUUUAUGUUUGGUGACAGGACAUCAAAUAUUAUGGGAUUCCCAGGGGAUACUAAAUUACAAAGCCGCUUAUUUGUGUUACGGAUUGACGAUCGGUACUCUUAUGUCUAUUUCUGUGAAGUUACUAUCACAUCUUCAAUGUGUCAAUAAAGUAGAUUGGAAAUAUAGGUGUAAAUUUUUUUCUCUAUAUGGCAUAAGUCAAACAAUCAUGGCUGUUCUGGAACUUUCGACUUUGUACUCAGGGUACUUUAUGUCUGAAGAGGAUCUUAUAAAAAUAUGUGGAUGGAAAUGUCCAUUACCAUCAUUAAUAUUAGGCAUGACAUUGAGUUUUUGUUAUACAUGCACGUUAAUUUUCUGUAUACAUUGGUUGUAUUGUAGAUUUAAAAAUUCCUGGUUGAUGGAAAAAUUUAUUUAAAUUCUUAUUUUCUCCGAUGAGUUUUUCGAAACAUUAUUGAAGAAGGUUCCAACUCCUUCGAUUAAAGCCACAUAAAUUAAUGACAAUUGUACUGCACCUAAAGUUUAUACUGUUUAACUGCCUAGCGGUGACUCCAAACUUAACUAAUAAUUUUUAUCCUGCUUGUAAUAAUAAUUAUUGUUUUCGUUGUAUACUGGUGAUUAGUUAUAAAUAAAUAAUAUAGUUUGGGCCAACCGAUGUUUAUAGACUGUAUUUUUAUUAUUUUAUUUCAUGUCAUGAUACAUUGAGAGACAUUUUUAUUACAUCCCUAGCGGUUUCACCGCGACGGUGAAAACACGGUCGAAUCAUGGUGUUUUUACAACAUCUACUAUUAUUAAACGGCUUGAUUUCUAUAUUUAUUUCAUUACAGUAAAUUUAAAUAUUGAAUACCCAUUAAAAACUUACAAAUUCUUAUUAAUGUCAAUAUUUUUACUAACGAAAUUACUAUUAUGACAAUUUAUUAUAAGAUAAGAAUGUAUUAAUAAUAAAAAACUAUAAAUUUCUGAUAAAAACUAGUAAUAUAUUUUUAUGAAAUAAUUUACACAGAG